GGAGGCGGUGCCAGCGGCGUCAGCCUGCUGCCCUUCUAGCCUCGCGGCUCCCCUCUACCAUGGCUCCUAAAGGCGGCUCCAAGCAGCAAUCCGAGGAGGACCUGCUCCUGCAGGAUUUCAGCCGCAAUCUCUCGGCCAAGUCCUCCGCGCUCUUCUUUGGGAAUGCCUUCAUCGUAUCCGCUAUCCCCAUCUGGUUAUAUUGGCGAAUAUGGCAUAUGGACCUUGUUCAGUCUGCCGUUCUCUAUAGUGUGAUGACCCUAGUAAGCACUUAUUUGGUAGCCUUUGCUUACAAAAAUGUGAAAUUUGUUCUCAAGCACAAAGUAGCACAGAAGAGGGAGGAUGCAGUUUCCAAAGAAGUGACUCGAAAACUUUCUGAAGCUGAUAACAGAAAGAUGUCUCGAAAGGAAAAGGAUGAAAGAAUCUUGUGGAAGAAGAAUGAAGUUGCCGAUUAUGAAGCUACAACAUUUUCCAUCUUCUAUAACAACACCCUAUUCCUGGUCUUGGUCAUUGUUGCUUCCUUCUUUAUAUUGAAGAACUUCAACCCUACCGUGAACUAUAUUUUGUCCAUAAGUGCUUCAUCAGGCCUCAUCGCCCUGCUGUCUACUGGCUCCAAAUAGACCAUGGCAGCUUUGCCCCCUGGCUUUGUAUCUACGGGUGGCCUGUGGUAUAUGGAAAAGUAGCAGGGUGGUCAGGGUGAGAGAGACGCACAAGAUGUUUUUAUAGUCUCCAGUUUGAGGGUUUGAAAAAACCCAACAAAAUGUAAUUCAGUAUUUGUUUAUUGGCUCUUUUUUGACAGAUUGUUGAAAUUAAAGGAAUUGAAAGGGAAACUCAGAGUACCAGGACAUUUAUUAAAAGGUAUAAAGUGUCAUGCAGUGUGCUGUAAUCACAAGAGGAGAAAAUAGCUUGUUUCCUUGAUCUGUCAGAGGUCACAGUAACCUGGACUGAGCUGUUAUUUAUAAUAGUAGCAAGAAGUUCAUAACUGGUUCUCUGUGUUCUAACCACAAUGUUACAACUUUUUUUUGAACCGUAAAUAUCAGAAUGAAUCCUUUCCCCUGGGGAUUGAACAGAAGCCUCAUGUUUACAAGUCUCUGAAUUUGUGAUUUGAAAUAACUCAAAAACGAGGUAUCUCCAACUUGGGGAAGAGAAACUGGUAGAAAAGUUUUUCUUUCUUUCUCUUUUCCUUUCUUCUUUCUUUCUUUUUUUUUUUUUUCUUUUUUUUUUUUUAUUAACAAAAGGAAGGCAGCCAAGGUAAUAACCUAAAAAUAGUGGACAGGCAUAUGAGAGUUGUCCUGUGGGGUUAAAGCAUAUCCUCCUGUUCAGUUGUAUAGUUUUGGCCUUGGGUGGCCAGGGAGGUCAGCUCAACACUACCAUGUUGGUUUGACCUGUUAAGAGACUGGAGUCUCACACCACUAGAAUGUUCAGUAGAGAACUAAUCUCCUGACUAUUGCUGUGUAAAAGACCAGAGUAACAUUUAUGGUCUGAGUUCCAGAAUUCUAAGAACUCUCCAAGGAAUUGUAGUGGUUUUAGUGCUUGUCGGCAUUUUCCUGUUGGGACCUUGAUAGAUUUGACCCUUUGGUCCACAGGUUCUUAUCGAUUCUGAACAGCACCUCUUCACAUUAACCUCUUCAGCCCAUGGGUCCAGCCAAGAGCAGUCUCUUGCACUUUUUAACCAGCGUGCGUAGGGAUAAUUAUCAUUUUUCUAGUACGUGCCAUAAUUGGAAAAAGUUUGGUAAGCAUUUUAACUUGUACUACUUAAAAGGUUAUGGAAUCACCGGUGAUACAGGUUCAUAUUCCUGUUAACUUUUGACCACAUUCAGUAAUUUUAAAAGACAGACAGUACUUCAGAAGAACUAAUCCUAUUCCUAAUUUUGUACCUUACCUUUAAUCUUAAUUUCUAACCUUAACUUUAAUCUUUAGUUUCCAUUUCUAAAUUUAAGGUAAAUGUUGUAAAUAUUUUCUGUUUUGUUUAUAACUUCAUAGAAGUGUUCAUCUGGAGUUGUGUGCAACUGGAUGGUUUUGGUAGGCCCACACCCAAGAACUUGGGAAGGAGGCAGGGGGCAGGAGCACAUCUGCUUAGUGACUUAGAUCGUCGUUGUCUUCAUUGAGGAUUAUAUUUCCUCAUUGCUUCUAGAAGUCUGCAAUUUAGUUUUCUUUGGUGCAUUAUUAUCCAUGUGCUGUCAUUGGAUAGUAUGGAAUGAAUAGGGAAGUCACAAGAGCGUCACUGCAAAGUAGUGUAAGACGUGUGAGGUUGAUUUUUCUUAUUGUGUUAACCUUUUUUUUGGUAGAUAAAUAACUGGUCAGUAGUUUGGUGGCAUGGAGUUUGUGUACCAAAUGCAUUUGCUUAUUCGACAAACCCAUCAGGGUCUACUAUCAGAGCUGGGCCAAGUUUUUGUUUUGUUUUUUAAGUGCUGGUAAAGAAUUGCCGCUAGAUGGCAGUAUCUGUGUAGAAGGGGGGAAAUUGCCACCACACUUAAAAUACCAUGUACCUGAGAUGGGGUGGUGAAAAAGGGCAUCAGCUUAAAAUUCCUAAUAGAAUGUGUUCUGAAUUCACAAACUGAAUAAUUUGUAGAAAAGCAUAUAAGCAAAAUUUGGUUUUGUCUUGAAUUUUACCUGCGGUAUUUUUUGGUUCUGAUGAUGAUUUCUAACUUUCUGUACUGUUAAAUUUCUAUGCAUAAGUUUGUAAGGCAUGUACUCACAUUGCCAGUUUUCAUUCAGAAUUUACUGUACAAGUACUUUACUCUUGGGAAUUAUAAAACUUUUCCUCAUACCUAAAAUUGCUAUGUGGCACAUAGAAUUAUGUGUUGCAUCUGGUUUAGUUCAUAAAAACCGGCUGUAGAAUUUGUAUUUUAAAAAUACCCCAUAUCCAAUACCAGUAAAAUAAAAAGCGUUCUGCUGUAAUUGGAAUUAAAAUCGAUUAAAUAGCCCCGCCUCCUGCA